AUGUCUCUAGAGCCAAUAGAUAACUCGGUGAAGGUAAAGGAAAGCGGUAUAUUAAUGAAAACGCCAACAAGAUUCACAUUUGAAAAAAAAUUACACACUCCACCAAGCGGUGAUCGUGAUAUUGAAAGAUCACCACCUAAAAAAUUUUUAAGAGGUUUGUCUGGAAGAGUUUUCAGAAAAACGCCAGAUCUUAAGAACCAACAAGAACCCAGGUUUGGAGAUGUGGAAGAUAGCCAGUUUACCCCGAAUUUUGGUCUAAUGAUGUCUAAGAGGGGCAAUAUACCUAAACCACUUAAUCUUUCUAAACCAAUAUCUCCCCCGCCUAGUUUGAAGAGGACAGCGGGAUCAGUGGUAUCUGGCCUUUCAAAAACAGGUCAGUUAACCGCUUUACACUCACCAGUUAAUAUUGUAUGCAACAACAAAUUCAACAUAAAAGGCACAAAUUUGACAAGUAGUUUACUCCGAGAAUCGAUUUCUGAUUCCACCACAAUGUGUGAUAACUUUUCAGAUGUCAAUUUAAUGGUUGUGGAUGAAGACUACUGCAUCGAUGGAGAUUCAUGUUAUGAAGAAGAUUCGCCAACAUUCAUAAUGAAUUUGGAAAGAAAUAUAAAGAAGUGCAAUUCACAAUCCGGUCCAAAAAGAUAUGUAGGGGAGAAAUGCUUGAUCUGUGAGGAGAAUAUCAGUUCCACAUUUACCGGUGAAAAAGUUGUAGAAUCUACAUGUUCACACACCAGUCAUUAUAAUUGUUAUUUGAUGUUGUUUGAAACUCUAUAUUUCCAAGGCAAGUUUCCCGAAUGUAAAAUAUGCGGUGAAAUUAGUAAGCCAAAGGACAAAGAUAUUGUUCCAGAAAUGGUAUCUAAACUCUUAACGGGCGCAGGCGCUCGUGAUAAUAGCCCAUCAUCGGACAUGCAACAGCAAUGGAUUGAUUUGAAAUCCGCGAGAAGCGUUACUGGUGAGUUACCUCAGUUUACCCCACGUGAACAAUUGAUUCGUACGGCAGAUAUUUCAUGUGAUGGAUUCAGAACGCCACAAUUAUCAAACAGCGAACGCUUUGAAGCUGCUAGUUACCUGGAUAGCCCAUUAUUGAGCUCACCGUUCAUCAAUGAACCAAUUUUUACUGAACCUCUCAGUCUGGGAGGUGAUGGAUGGGAUGAUCAUGAUGAAACAGAUGAAUGCGCGGCUGAAGCAUGGUUUAGUACAACGGAAAAGGCAGAUUUGAUGGUCAACGUGAAGUUCCCAGAAACAGAUCUGAACGAUAAUGCUAUUGAUUUAGAGAUUUUGCAAGAUGUGGACUAUAUGAACGGCCAAGAGCCAGAAGAAAGAGGAAAACUUUGGAAAGAGAGCAUUGACCAAUAUAUCGAAACUAACGUGGACAAAAAUAAACAAUUCGGCAAUUUGAUCUUGUUUGACAAAAUAAUGUAUUCUGAUGACGGUGAGCAAUGGGUAAACAACAACGUUGCAAUACUAUUCACCAAAUUCUUAGUUUUGUUCGAUUACGAGGACAUGAAGAUUUUGGGUAAGAUCCCCAGGGACCAGUUUUGCCAGGUAAUUAAAUUCAACGAGAAGGUAUUACUUUGUAAUUUGAAAAGCACCAAUAUACCUGAAAUAUACUUGAGAUUUAGUGAACAUUGCGAAAAAUGGUUACUCGCAAAAUGGAAAUAUUGCUUGGAAAAUGCGUCGCUGGAGGGGCUACCAUUAUGUGAAGUUGUCACGACAGUAGAGGAGCUUCUUCGUGAGGACAUAAUAUCUGCAUUUAGAGUGCCUCUCGGUACGGUAGCAGCGCAUUCCAAUAACCUUCAAAUGCCAUGGAAAAAAUCGCAAAAGGAAACGCCAUUGAAGCUUAUAGUUUGUUUGAACGUGUCACACGCUGACGGAGAAGGUUACCGCAAGAGAGUCGUGGGUGCCAUUAACCAAAUCUUGGAUGAACUGAACGUUGACGACUUACUGGGUAUAGUGGUGACCGGAAGAGACGGUAACGGCCAGGCUGGCCCGUUUGGUACUUUCAUGGGGAUGAUAAACAAACACUGGGACGGAUGGGAAACCUUCUUGGAAAACCUGGAAACCGUUGGUCCCUACGUGUUCCAAGAUGAAGAACAAGAAUAUAGAGUCACACUGCAAACUUGUGCCAGGCUAGCCUCCACGAGCGCGUACGUAGAUACGAACGACCACACUCGAAUUGAAUACGCCAAACAAAUCAUGGUUUUCAAUAAUAGGGAAGUUCAUGAAACGGGCCGUGACCAAAAGUUGAUGAAUACCCUAGACAUGUUGUCUAACGAUUUAAAAUACGAGAUUUCACAACAUCGCAUGGCCGGCAUACAACAGUUCCUGAAAAAAUUGCACAGUAAAAGCUAUCUUAACGUGACUUUGUGUCUACCAGAAUCGACAUCCAAGAAAAUGUAUUUGGGAGACAUGGCCGCGGGCGAACUACAAACGCGCUUGGUUCAAGAUAAGCACCCGCAUUCUAACUUUGUAGAGUUGGAAUGGUUUGAUGUCGCGAAACAGCAAAGAAUUUGCAAGACCCUUGAAUUAUCAGACAUUUAG